UCGGGCGCGGAGGGGCGCGCAGGAAGCUGCCGGCCAGGACCGGCCCCGCGGAGGGUGAGUGAAGCCCCAAGAAGCUCUGUACUCCUUUAUGUUUGAAAUCUUGGCAAGCAACAUCAGUCGAGCAGUGCAGCAGGAGCCAUGUCUCUGCCCUUCCGAAAAGAGCUGGAGAAAUACAAGAAUAUCAAUGAAGAUGAAAUACUCAGCAAACUCUCAGAGGAUGAACUGAAACAGCUAGAGCAUGUUCUCGAUGACCUUGAUCCUGAGAAUGCCUUGCUUCCAGCGGGAUUUCGGCAAAAGGACCAGACCACGAAACCUGCCACAGGCCCUUUCGACAGAGAGCGCCUGCUCUCCUACCUGGAGAAGCAAGCACUGGAACACAAAGACAGAGAAGAUUUUGUACCAUUUACAGGGGAAAAAAAAAGGUACACAUUUAUUCCUAAAGAAAAGCCCAUAGAAACCCGUACAGAAGAGAAAGUGACCCUGGAUCCGGAACUAGAAGAAGCCCUGGCCAGCGCUUCAGAUACUGAGCUCUAUGAUCUUGCAGCUGUUCUUGGAGUGCACAACAUGGUCAACAACCCAAAGUUUGAUGAAGGAGGAGCCCGCAGUAAAGAUGGAAAAGGAAUUGUAAGAAAUGUGGUGAAAGGUGAAAAGGUCAAGCCCAUCUUUGAGGAGCCACCUAAUCCAACCAACGUGGAAGCAAGUUUACAAAGGAUAAAAGCAAAUGAUCCUAGUCUUGUAGAAAUUAAUCUUAACAACAUAAAGAAUAUUCCUAUUCCAACCCUGAAAGAAUUUGCAAAAGCUUUGGAAAGCAACACUCAUGUGAAGACAUUCAGCCUUGCAGCUACUCGAAGCAAUGACCCGGUAGCUAUUGCAUUUGCAGAUAUGUUGAAAGUGAACAAAACACUGAAGAGUCUGAAUGUAGAAUCCAACUUCAUCACUGGCACGGGUAUUUUGGCACUGAUCGAUGCACUGAAAGAGAAUGAAUCCUUGACAGAGAUCAAAAUUGACAACCAGAGGCAACAGCUGGGGACAGCUGUAGAGAUGGAGAUUGCCAAGAUGCUGGAGGAGAACUCCAAGAUUCUCAAGUUUGGAUACCAGUUCACCAAGCAAGGUCCAAGAACCAGAGUAGCAGCAGCUAUUACUAAAAACAAUGAUCUGGUUCGUAAAAAGCGGGUGGAAGCAGAGCGACAGUAGCCACACCAUAGAGGAUGCAAGGCAAGAUUGGAGGCCACCAACAACCGCAGUCUCAGAGUGCUCAUUGGUCAGAAGGGAGUAUAUAAUGGGAAUUGCUCAUUUCUGUUAAUGUCUCCUUUUAACCUUGAAACCCCAGCCUGUUCGUUUUAAACUUUCAAGGCUAAAUUUAUUUUUUUGUGAGAAAGAAUCACAGUUGGUUUGAUUUUAAUGGAAAAAAAACCCCAAAAUGUUUUGCAGUAUCUGAAGCCAAU